CAACGUAGAUCAAACAUUUCGUAGCAUAGAUCAAACGGUCAUAAGCGAGAUCCGAAGAUCCGAAUUCUGUAGAAGUAUCGGGUGGGUACCAAUUGUAUAUCACUCGUUUGUCGCGGUUGUGCGCUCGAUUCCUUCUCCGGCGUCACAUUCUAAACACCGGGAAGAUCGUCCGAUAAUAAUUUAUCAAGCUCAAACUAUUUAAUUUUAAUCUUGAUUGGAGGCAUACAAAAAUGGUGAACUCAUCGGUGGUGAAUACGUAUCCACUGUCGAGCUACACAUUCGGUACCAAAGAGCCCAAAAUGGAGAAAGAUACCUCUGUCGCUGAUCGUCUCGCUCGUAUGAAAGUCAACUAUAUGAAAGAGGGGAUGAGAACGAGCGUUGAAGCAAUAUUGCUGGUGCAAGAGCAUAAUCAUCCUCACAUACUUCUUCUGCAAAUUGGAAACACAUUCUGCAAACUGCCUGGCGGGCGUCUGAAGCCAGGAGAGAAUGAAAUUGAAGGUCUGAAAAGAAAACUAACAAGUAAGCUUGGCGCGAAUUCACCUGCUUUGGUUCCAGACUGGCAGAUUGGUGAAUGUGUGGCCAUCUGGUGGAGGCCAAACUUUGAAACAAUUAUGUAUCCAUAUUGCCCUCCCCACAUAACAAAAGCUAAGGAGUGCAAGAAGCUAUACCUUGUUCAUUUGUCUGAAAGAGAAUACUUUGCAGUACCCAAAAAUUUGAAACUUCUUGCUGUCCCAUUGUUUGAACUCUACGAUAAUGUGCAGAGAUAUGGGCCUGUUAUAUCAACUAUUCCUCAACAGCUUUCUAGAUUCCAGUUCAACAUGAUUACUGGAUGAAGUUCACCUGGAUUUCAAGACUUACAUUUCUUUUAAUGUGGUUCCCGUACUCCAAAAGGCUUCAGAGAAUUUAACGAGGAUGCGGUGCGGAGAGCUGAUACUAUCGUAUUUCUUGACAUAAUUUAUAAAUUUGAGAGUUCUUAACUAACCUUUUUUAAGUUGGUCGACUCAAGUUCAUAGUUGUGGUUGACUGUUACAUGCUCCAUCUCUUUAUAAUGGAUCGUACUCAGACUUUUUCUGCA